GACCCGCAGUGUUUACUACGCAGCAGCGCGCAAGCGCAAUCGGCCUGCUGAACUGGCGGUGUGAAGUUUCACACCCAAGGAGGAUGAAAGAACAUGUCUCAUGUGGACGAAGCAGCCCGCCGGCUGUCCAAAAGUGGGACAGCCCUCUAUGCAGUGCUAGAGCUUAAGAAGGGUGCCUCACCUGAAGACAUCAAGAAGUCCUACAGGAAACUGGCCUUGCAGUAUCAUCCGGACAAGAAUCCAGGGAACCCUCAAGCUGCAGAAAUCUUCAAAGAAAUCAAUACAGCCCAUGCUAUACUGAGUGACCCUAAGAAGCGGAAAAUCUAUGACCAACACGGCUCAUUUGGAAUAUACCUUUAUGAUCACUUUGGCGAAGAUGGAGUCCGAUACUAUUUUAUAGUCAAUAGUUGCUGGUUCAAGACCCUCGUCCUCCUGUGCUUGCUGCUCACUUGCUGCUGCUGCUGCUGCUGCUGCUGCUUCUGCUGUGGAAACCUCAAACCUCCACCGGAGGAGACGAACGAGAACAAUCAAAAGAACAUCCGGACACAGCCUUCACGUUCAGGGAAAGAACAUCAUUUUGGAACAGAUGAAGACAGUGACGAUCGUUAAUAACAGUAGGGAGAACAGUGAGUUACCAACUUCUGCCAUUAGGUGCUGGCCAGUGAGGGUGCCCUCUUCUGCCCAGUUCACUGAACACAUUGAAGAGAGGAGCACGCAGCCCUGUCCUGACCUUGACUCUAACCUGAUUCCUCUUCUUACAAGAAUCCCUACUUCAGAAGUGUUGAUGCUGACCAUCCCAGGAAGGACGCCAUCCCUGCCCGAGCCGGGCCUUACGCGGUCUCCUAGCUGCCGUCUCUAGUUCGAGUCCCAUUUUAACUGCUGUCAGAGAGCGUUACUCCCAACCCUGCCUGUUUGAGACCUCAGGCAGUGAUGGCGUACUUUUCCCAAGGGUCCCUCUUCUUGUGCCUGACUUGGCAUCUGAGUCAAUGUCAGGUAGGUGUCUGGGUCACCUGCAGUGCCUCCACCGAGAUCGUCGUCAUGGCGGAGGCAGAUCCUCCUCUGGGAACUUCUACAUCAGUCAGUCCUCCUUGGGUACAACACUGGGUACCAAGAACUCCCGGCAUCAGCUGCAUUCCUAAACCAGUACACCUUUCCGAGGCCAGUCUCACCUUCUUCUGUGCCACUCCACCACGAGCCGAUUUGGGAAAUGAGGCCUUUAAGUCUUGUGAUAGCCACCCCACCCGGACCCUCCCAUGUUAGCCUUGGUCCUGUGGGCUGACUACAGUCCACGCAUCAGUGUCCGCUGGUCUCCAUCCUGACCACACCUACCCAGGCUGAGCACUGUACAGCGUGUCCUUAAAACCGGGGCGUGAAAUGUGACAGGAGGAGGACUGUGCCCUGCAGACCCCUUCCCCGCUCUCACGUCUUCAUGCUGCCUGCUGGGAUCCUGCCCACGCCAUUUAUUUCUCAUCCGCUCAGGAGCAGAGCGUAGGGAUGCCUCCAACUUCUCUUCCCUCACUGGAGAAAGGCCAAGGAAUGUCAGUAAAUAAAACAGAUUUUGUGCUAUUUCAGUGCAUGGCUUGGGCCCAGAAAAGACAAAUUGUGCCUGGGGUAGAAGGAAAAGACCAACAAGAGGAACAGACAAAAGUCCAGGGCUCACGUCUGGGACCAGCCUGACCUCGAGAGGAGAGUCCAACAACUGUGGAGCUGGGGCUAAAGCUUUCCAGAGCCUGGUGACCGUGACUUUGUCAGAGCUCUAAGAUUUCUCUGGAGACUGACUCCCUGGUGCCCAAAAUAGACCCCUGGCAUUCAGAUCCUUUCUGCCCAGCUCAGCUUCUCCCAAUUUCCAAAAAAAAUUAAAGACC